UGCCGCGCGUUGGAGUGGUUUCCGGCAGCGUGGACCGGCGGCACUGAUGGCGGAGGCUGACGGAGACCUGGACUUGGAGAAUGAGGAGAGCGAGCGGCCUGCAGAGAAACCGCGAAAACACGACAGCGGAGCGGCGGACCUCGAGAGGGUGACCGACUAUGCGGAGGAGAAAGAGAUUCUCAGCUCGGACCUGGAGACGGCAAUGUCUGUCAUUGGAGACAGAAGAUCCCGGGAGCAGAAAGCUAAACAGGAAAGGGAAAAAGAACUGGCAAAAGUGACCAUCAGGAAGGAGGACGUUGAACUGAUUAUGAACGAAAUGGAGAUCUCUCGAAGUGCCGCAGAGCGUGGUUUACGAGAACACUUGGGAAAUGUCGUUGAAGCCUUGAUAGCUCUCACUGACUGAAGUCACAGUGCUUCACCCUGAGGCACUUUUGGAGACAUUUGGGAGGGGUGGGUAGUGGAUUGAGGGUGGGGCAAGAUGGAAUCGAACAGGAGAUCCAUUUAUCUGUGCACUCACAGGGCUGUUUGGUAGCAGGACCUGGGAUCGUUUCAGUGAAAUGAAUGUUUUGCUGCCGAAGAUCCAACACUGACAUCCUGAAGAUGGGCAUGAUGCUCCAACUGGAGAAGAAAUAAAAGACUCCAGUUGUACCAAUAAAUAUAAGCUCGUUACUCAAA